AUGGGGAACUGCUGCGGCUCUGCUGACGCCAACGCGAAGCCGCAGAGUCGUCCUCCCACCAAAGGGCCGCCGCCGACGACGACGACAAGGGCGCCGCCGCCGAAGCUGAGUGACGGCGGCCGCGGCGGCGGGGCGAAGCAGCAAGACAAGGGAGGAGACGACGGUCCUCCGUGCCCAGGGCCCCGGCGGGUUCUGGAAGCGCCGAGGCUGAGGGAGUUCACGCUCGCCGAGCUGCGGGCGGCCACGCGCGGGUUCAAGCCGGAGAUGGUGCUCGGGGAGGGCGGUUUCGGCCGGGUCUACAAGGGCUGGGUCGACGAGCGCACGCUCAACCCGGCCAAGAGCAACGCCGGCGUCAUCGUCGCCGUCAAGAAGCUCAACCCGGAGAGCAUCCAGGGCCUGCAGGAGUGGCAGUCGGAGGUCAACUUCCUGGGCAGACUGUCGCAUCCCAACCUGGUGAGGCUGCUGGGCUACUGCGGCGAGGACAGGGAGCUGCUCCUGGUGUACGAGUUCAUGUCCAAGGGCAGCCUGGAAAACCAUCUCUUCAGAAGGGGUGGAAACUUGGAGGCGCUGUCGUGGAGCCGGAGGCUCAAGAUCGCCACGGGCGCGGCGCGCGGCCUCGCCUUCCUGCACUCGUCGGAGAAGCAGGUCAUCUACAGGGACUUCAAGGCGUCCAACAUCCUCCUCGACUCGGAUUACACUGCGAAGCUGUCGGAUUUCGGGCUCGCCAAGAACGGGCCCUCCGCCGGCAAGUCGCACGUCACGACCCGGAUCAUCGGCACCUACGGCUACGCGGCGCCGGAGUACGUCGCCACCGGGCACCUGUACGUGAAGAGCGACGUGUACGGCUUCGGCGUGGUGCUGCUGGAGCUGCUGACGGGGCUGCGGGCGCACGACCUGAACCGGCCGAGCCACCAGCACAACCUGGUGGAGUGGGCUAAACCCUACCUCUCCGGCGCCGGCAAGCUCAAGAGCCUCAUGGACCAGCGGAUCGACGGCCAGUACCACACCAAGGCCGCGCUCCGGGCCGCCAGGCUCGCCGGCAAGUGCCUCACCGGCGACCCCAAGAGGCGCCCCGACAUGGACGACGUUGUCGCCGCGCUCGAGGACAUCGAGGCCCUGCAGGAGGGGGCCGCGGGACACCGGGACCUGCCGCCGCGGCCCGGAGCGCGCCGGUCGUCGCCGUACCAUGAUUCUUCCAGGCCCUAUUGA